UUAUUUCAAUAACCACUACCAUUGCUAGUAUCAUUGUUCUAUCUUACGAUAAAAAAAACCGAUCGAAGCGACGAAUCAACCACCACUCUCUCCGCCGCACCAUGUCGGAAGCACCGUCUCAGCCACCACUCCCCGCCACCGAGACACCUCCUCCUUACUGGUGCUACCACUGCGACAAACACGUCUCCGUUGAAACGGUCGCUAAUGUCCCCGACGUCAUCUGCGGCGAUUGCAAAAACGGUUUCGUCGAAUCCAUCCCCACACCUUCUCGAACUCGCUCACCGUCUUCUUCCUCCGAUGAUCCUUACUUUGGUUCGCAAUUUCUUCAGGUUCUUCGCCUAAUCGCUGAAUCGUCGCGUGAAGACGACGUGUCUCCUCCCCCUCCUCCGAGUCGUUCUCCGGAAGAGGAUUUUCUUAGGAUCGAACUCAGUGGUUGGAACCACAACGAGGAAGAUGACGAUGAUGCGUUUCACACCGACGGUGAAGAUGACGAAGGUAGCGUCGAGGAGGUUGAAGAUCGACCUGGCAACGAGGAUCCGAAUAUGGACGAUGAAGAUAUGAGACGAAGGAGGCGCGAUCUGUUACGGCAUCGGAUUAGGGAUUUGGCGACGCGGACUCGAAGUAUGCAGAAUCGGAUCUUGGAUUGGGCGGAGAUUUUGAUGGGAUUGGAAGAUAAUUCGAUUGAAUUUCGUCUUCAGGGACCGGAAUUGGAGCGGUAUGUUGGAAAUCCUGAGGAUUACGUUGACGCGGCGGAUUAUGAAGCGUUGCUGCAGACGCUGGCGGAGAGUGAUGGAAGUGGGAGGAGAGGAGCUCCGCCGGCGUCAAAGUCUGCUGUGGAAGGUUUACCGACGGUUAAGAUUGCGUCGGAGAGUGAAGUGGUUGCUUGUGCUGUGUGUAAGGAUAUGCUUGGUGUUGGAGACAUGGCGAAGAGAUUGCCGUGUGGGCAUGAGUAUCAUGGAGAUUGCAUUGUUCCGUGGUUGAGUAGUAGAAAUUCUUGUCCUGUUUGCAGGUUUGAGCUUCCAACAGAUGAUAAGGAGUAUGAAGAAGAGAGAGCUUCGGGAUCGGGGCGCGGUGGAGCUUCCGCCGUGUGAGUGAGUAUGCUCUGUUGAAUCAUUGUAAUAUAUUCCAUACUUUCUAUCUAUCUUUUAUGGACUUCCUUUUUUUUUAAUUUUUGUUGUUAGUGUAAUUUUAUCAAAGCUUGCUCAAUCACUGUUUUAAUUAUUCCAAGCUUUUGACACUAGUUGGUUUCUUAGCUCUGAGAUGCUGUGAUACUUGUAAAUAGCUUUUGGAUCAAUGUGAUCACAUUAUUUAUAUGGAAUGUGCUGUUUAUCACCA